GCAUCCUGAUAAAAAUGAACACCCAGAUGCUAAUAAGAUUUUCGUUAAAAUAAAGCAGGCAUAUGAAUUGCUAAGUGAUCCUGACCGACGACGAAUGUAUGAUCAGCAUGGAAUAAGCAGUGAAGAUUCGCAUUUUUUUGCAGCUGCGAGUGAUUUUUACCGUAAAACUUCCUCGGAACAAUUCGAGAAUUUUUUUGGAAAACAGUUUAAUGCCGACAGUGAUAUAAGCUUCUAUCACAGAAUCUCGAUAACUAUCAAGAAUUACGAAAAGAAAAUUCUUCCAAACAGCAAGUUCACACCUUAUAUUGUCAUGUUUUAUAAUGAUUGGUGUUUUCGUUGCACGCGACUUAUCAGUGUAUUUAAAAGGCUAAUCGACGCUCUGGAACCACUAGGAAUUAACUUUGCAGCAGUUAAUGCUGCAUACGAGCCGGGUUUAGUUAAAAAAUCGGGUGUGAGCUCUAUACCAAGCUUGGUUCUAAUUCUGGGUGGACACUGCUACAUAUAUCGUGAAAAUGUUUAUACUCUGCCUAAAAUUAAAGAAUUUAUAAGAAAAAAAAUGCCAUAUUCAAUUAUUCAGAGAAUAUAUGACAAUAAUGUGGAAGAUUUUUUGGGAGGUUGGAUUGACAAUAGAGUACGAGCUCUAAUUUUGGAACCGAGAAAUAAAACGAGACUUCGGUAUUUAAUAAGUGCAUACUCGUUCCAGUACAGAGUUGCGUUUGGAUUCAUUGACUUGAAUGAUAGCAGAAGUGAACAAAUUCAAAAACUGUUCAAGGUUAGUUUAAAUCGCGACACACUGCUAAUGUUUAAUGAAGAUUCCCGCAGACCACGAGCAAAGAUUUCAUUGCCUGAGAUUCCGGUUCAAACAUUAAAUGACAUUAUUUCUUCAAAUCAAUAUCUUUCAUUACCGAGACUCUCAUCACAACAAGUUAUGGAAGGAGUAUGCCCAGCUGAGUGGAGUCAACCUCGAAAACGGUUAUGUGUUAUUCUUAUUACAGAAAACAACGAUUCUCAUAAUUUCGCGCGCACUGCCUUCCGCAAUAUUGCUCUUCAUGCUGAAUAUAGCAUAGAAAGAGUCCGAUUUGCAUAUAUAUUCAAGGAAAAACAAAAGGAGUUUAUAACCACUAUUUCCAAGGGAGCCGAAGCAGACCGGCUGUGUCCUAUAGUAAUUAUUUGGCGAUAUGAUCAAACUCACAUAAAAUACGAGUGGGUUAAGGGAUCGGAUCUUAACAUGGAUUUCAACCUAUAUGAUUCUAAUGAGCAAUUUAUAAACUUAACUAGACGUUACAUUGACAACACCAUCCAAAGACUCCUGAGGACAAGUGAAACAUUCAGCUACGACACUUUUGUCAAA